GAUCGCAUUGAACGCGGCACGGUGUAAGGGGGAGGCUUCACGUCCGAUUAAAGGGAGAAAAAUGACCCGUGUCGUCUUUAUUCUUUCUGCAUAAAGAUCUCUGAAGAACGGCCUGGAAAUGGAGACGGCGUACUUCAAGAACAAUUUCUGGGGAGAGAAGAAUGCAGGCUUCGACGUUCUCUACCACAACAUGAAGCACGGCCAGAUCGCCACCAAAGAGCUGGCGGAGUUUAUAAGAGAGAGAGCUGCCAUUGAGGAGACGUACUCCAAAUCCAUGAGCAAACUGGCAAAAAUAGCCAGUAAUGGAAGCCCACUCGGCACAUUUGCCCCCAUGUGGGACCUGUUCCGGAUGUCGUCGGACAAAGCAGCCCUCUGCCACCUAGAGCUGAUGAGGAAGAUGAACGACCUCAUCCGUGACAUCAACAAGUACAGCGAGGAGCAGGUCAAAGUUCACCGCAAGACGAAGGAGGAGGUGAUGGGUACUCUGGAGGCGAUUCAGGCUCUACAGGUACAGAAUGGACACUUACAGAAGGCCAAAGAGGGCUAUCACUCUAAAUGUAUGGAGCUGGAACGUCUGCGCAAAGAAGGCGCUCCUCAGAAGGAGCUGGAGAAGGCGGAGCUAAAGUCUAAGAAGGCGUCCGAGUCGUUUGCAGCUUCUGUAGACAAGUUUAACCGGACUGGAGGGGAUUUUGAGCAGAAGAUGAGCGAGUCUGCACAGAAGUUCCAGGACAUUGAGGAGGAUCACUUACGGAAGAUGAAGCAGCUGAUCAAGUCUUAUUCACAGUCCUUAGAGGACACGCACGUCCAAGUGGGACAGGUUCACGAGGAGUUCAAGCAGAAUGUGGAGAACAUCGGCGUCAGCACUCUGAUCCAGAAGUUCACCGAGCAGAAGGGCACGGGGAAGGAGCGGCCAGGUCCUGUGGGCUUCGAGGAGUUCUUGUCCACUCAAGCUCCAGAAAAUAACAAGAAGAGCCGAGCAAAAGCGUUCAGGAUCCCCGGGCUGGGCAAGAGAGACAAAGAGCCAGACGUAACGGAUUCUGCGCUGACGGAUACACCAAAUUCGCCUCUAGAGGUCGAUGACGAGGGCUUCAUGAUCCGGACGGACGUCAGCCAGAAUGGCUGCGCGGACGACAAAGAGAACAACUUUUACUCCAGCGACUCGGACUACGACGACGAAGAGCCGAAGAAGUUCCACAUCCAGAUCCGUCCCGUCUGCAGCCGCAACAACUCGGCCGCCAACGAGCUGGAGCUGAAGGCCAGCGUGGGGACCCUCAGCCUGCCCCCGAACCCCGGGAUGACAACAAAGAGGCACGUUUCCCGAAACAUUAAUACGUCAGGCCGGUCGGAGGGAGAGGGUGAAAACAGCGCCCCCCACAGGGAAGGUGAGACAGAAGGUGUGUGCAGGUUCACCUCGAGUCCAAACCACAGCAGGUUGAGCUCCACAGCGUCGUGUUCAGAUUCACUCUUCGGUCCUCCGCUAGAAUCAGCCUUUAAAUCUCAGAGCUUCUCUGGACAGGAGCAGCUACAGACCUCUGAAUACGCUGAUUUCUCCUCCGCGUCCUCGUCUCCUGAGAACGUGGAGGACUCGGGUUUGGACUCGCCUUCCCAUCAGCCCCUGGGAGCCUCCCCCGAACCCGCGGGCUGGGUGGCCUGGCCUUCGUCCGCUCAACCCAGAAACUCUACGACCUCACGCCGAGCCGCCGAGCCGCCCGUCCCCGGACGCUCCCCUCUCCCGCAAGAGUGGCCGUCGUCCCUACGCUCCCCCUUGGCCCCGCCCCGUACAGAAAACUCCGCCUCCUCUUUCACGUUCCCCUCCUUUUCCACCAACAGCGUGGAGCCCGGCGUCUGGAGCUGUAAGCACAUCCCAGCGGAGGACCCCUUCCUGGCCGCGUUCGAGAACCAGCCCGCCCGUCAGGACGCUUGGGUAGCUCCGCCUCCUCCUAGAACUACCCAUGAGGACCCGUUCGCCCCGCCCACAAACAAUGCCAAAACGCUGCCUCCUCCGAACUCCUCCUCCUCGCGCAAGGACAGAGAGAGGAAGCGCGAACGCAGCGUGCCGCCGCCGCCUCCCGAGUCUCCCGACGAUCCCUUCGCCAUCACCAUGAUCGGAAGCCCGACGCACCAGACGGCGCUCUGCGCUCCGGGAGGAGGGAGCGGCUUAACCUGGGCGGUCUGUCCGAACUCCGCCCCUCAGCACCAGGCAAAGAAGGAGUCCGCGCAGUGGGGUUCGGUGCACAACCCGUUCAGCGACGAGCAGGACGGAGGACGGAGGGAGCGGAGGAGCGGAGGGGAGGAGCAACAGCAGAGGCGGAGUGGACCGCCCCUCACACGCCUCUCCGGACCGCAGGAGGACCUCUGCUUCUCCACAGACAAGGACCAGGACUGUCUGGACAUCAGCACACACACGGGUCCUCAGCGUAGGUUCAGUACUGAUCUCCUGGUCUUGGCUCCUCCUCGUCCAGCUCGGUCCAGGCGCUCUUCAUCCAGGCCGAGUGGAAGCGAACGGUCCAGGUCUUUGUGUUCGUCUCCUCUGCCCGGUCCCAGUCCUUCUGUGACAUCGUCCUCGUCCUCCUCCAGCCCCAGUGACUGGGGGGGUCAGACACGUGCACCCAGCCCCGCGCGAGGUUUGUCCCGAGGCCCGAGUCCCAUCUCUCUGAGCACUCAGGAGUCGUGGCCCGUCGCUGCAGCUUUCACAGAGUACAUCAACGCUUACUUUAAAGGAGGAGAAAACAACCGGUGUCUGGUAAAGAUCACAGGAGACCUCACCAUGUCGUUCCCGGCCGGAAUCACUCGGAUCUUCUCGUCCAGCCCCACCCCGCCCGUGCUCAGCUUCCGAUUGGUCGGCAUCUCCCGCAUCACUCACUUCUUACCCAAUCAGAAGCUCCUCUACAACGACCCGUCCCAGAACGACCCCAACUGCAAGGACUUCUGGUUUAACAUGCAGGCCUUGAGCGUUCACCUGCAGCGGGAGGCGGAGCUUAACCCGCAGGCCUCGUACUACAACGUGGGCGUCCUGAAGUACCAGGUGUCGUCUCAGGACCCGGCCCGCGCUCCUCUGCUGCUGUCGGCCGAGUGCCAGCGCAGCGGGACCGUCACCCGCGUCGCCCUGGACUACCACUGUUGCCCGGCGACCGCUCCGGCCACUCAGCUCACCGCCGUGCAGGUGCUGCUCCCGCUCGAACCCUCGGCCACCGACCUGCAGUGCCAACCGCCCGCUACCUGGAACACUGAGGAGACGAGGCUGCUGUGGAAACUACCGAACCUCUCGCCCACCAACCACAGCAAAGGCUCGGGCACACUGUGUGCCAGCUGGCAGUGCCUGGAGGAGCCCCGCGGUCCCGCCCCGAGCCUGGCUGUGCAGUUUGUGGGGACGGGAGCGUCUCUGUCGGGUCUGGACAUGGAGCUGGUGGGCGGCCGAUACCGCAUGUCCCUGCUCAAGAAGAGAUUCGCCACCGGGAAGUACAUGGCCGGCUGCUUGUUGUAGGCGUCCCGUCCCUGUUCGUUUGUUUUUCUACCUGCUGGACAUGAAGUUUUUUGCACUUUUUCAAUUAAAGCCCAUGUUCCGGGUGUUUUCUGAGGACUGAACACGCAGUAACAGACACAGGACCGGGACGUUACCCAUGAUGCACUGCUGUGUGUAAACACACACGUGACCCAAGGCGCUCAGACGUCGUUGCUCUCGAUGCUUUGAUGUUCGUUCGACAGACGCUUCAUCUGAUUCUUCCCAUUUUCUUUUCUCACUCUUCUG